AUGGCCGAAUCACUCUCGCCUAUUGGCAUUGCCAAUCUUCCCAACCAGCGCCACAAGAUUGUCGCCAAGCGCGGCGCGGCCUUCACCAUCAUGGUGGCUGGCGAGUCUGGACUUGGAAAGACCACCUUCAUCAACACCCUCUUCAGCACAACCAUCAAGAACUACGCCGACCACCGUAGACGCCACGCCAAGCAGGUUGACAAGACUGUUGAGAUUGAAAUUACCAAGGCAGAACUCGAGGAGAAGUUCUUCAAGGUCCGCCUGACUGUCAUCGAUACACCUGGGUUCGGCGACUAUGUCAACAACCGCGACAGCUGGCAGCCAAUUAUCGAGUUCCUCGACGACCAGCAUGAGAGCUACAUGCUCCAAGAGCAACAGCCAAAGCGUGCCGAGAAGAUUGAUCUGAGAGUCCAUGCCUGCCUGUACUUCAUCCGCCCUACUGGCCACACCCUCAAGCCUCUGGAUAUUGAAGUGAUGAAGAGACUGUGCACUCGUGUCAACCUGAUUCCAGUCGUCGCAAAGGCGGAUACGCUCUCGCCAGCCGAUUUGGCCAAGUUCAAGCAGCGCAUUCGCAGCGUCAUCGAGGCCCAGGGAAUCAAGAUCUACACCCCACCGCUCGAAGAAGACGACGAGGCCGGUCUUCAGCACGCCCGCAGCCUGAUUUCUGCCAUGCCAUUCUCAGUCAUUGGGUCUGAGCGUGAUGUCAACACACCCGACGGCCGCACCGUCAAGGGCCGUCAGUACGCAUGGGGUGUCGCCGAGGUCGAAAAUGAGGAGCACUGCGACUUCAAGAAGCUCCGCGCAAUCCUGAUCCGUACUCACAUGCUGGAUCUUAUCCACACGACCGAGGAGACUCACUACGAGGCCUACCGCGCACAGCAGAUGGAGACGAGGAAGUUUGGUGAGGCACGACCAAGGAAGCUAGACAACCCCAAAUUUAAGGAAGAGGAGGAGCAGCUUCGCAAGAGGUUCACAGAACAGGUCAAGGUCRAAGAGCAGCGUUUCAGGCAGUGGGAGCAGAAGCUCAUCUCCGAGCGCGACCGCUUGAACAAGGAUCUCGAGCAAAGUCACGCUGUGAUCAAGCAGCUUGAGGCAGAAGUCGAGGGCCUGCAAGGAAGCAUGUCCCGCACUGGUAGACGCUAA